UAAACCAUGCUUAGACACUCCACUAGUCUCUUUGAUAAAGCUUAUCUCUCUGAUUUAUUUAUUUAUUUUUUUCAUAUUUUUAUCCUUCAGUUUAUCAGAGUUAUGGAGGAUUCAAGUACCACCAAUGGUGAAGACUGGAUUAGUAGGUUACCAGAUUCACUGCUUUGUCACAUAUUCUCAUUUCUUUCACCAAAGGAAGCAGUUGGGACUAGCAUCUUGUCAAAGAGAUGGGAGAACCUAUGGACUCUGUCCCCAGUCUUUAUUUUUGUGAUACCUUUACGACUGACUGGUAAUUACAUGAACAAGGUAAAUUGCUUUAUUGAUUAUGUAAACCGGGUUCUUGCUCAUCGUGAUGGAUUUGCCAUUGAAAAAUGCAAUCUCUCAUGCUACACAUUACAUGCAUCAGCACAUCUUUAUUCAUGGACUUGUGCUGCGAUUGCUUGUAUGGUUCUAGAGCUAACAAUUGAGUCUGAGCUUUUCCGAGUAGGACAGUUGCCAUGGUGCCUUCUCACAUGCAAAACACUUGUGGAUUUAAAAAUUCAUGGAAGAUUUGUGCUCAACUUCCCAACAUUUAUUUGUUUGCCAACACUUAAGUUCCUUUAUCUGAAUUCUGUUAUAUAUGGGGAUGAUGCCUCAAUGCAAAAGCUCUUUUCUAGUUGUCCUGUCCUUGAAGAUUUGGUCAUAAAGAGGCAUGACUGGGAUGGUGUGGGGAUUAUGAAUAUCUCUGUACCUUCAUUGAAAAGAUCAAUAUUUUCCUUAAGUCUAAGAAGCAUAGGAAAUUAUGAGUACAAGGUUGUCAUUAAUACCCCAAAUCUUGAGUAUUUGGAAAUUGAUGAUUAUAUGUAUGAAGAUUAUUCAGUGAAUUCCACACCCUCUUUGGUUGAAGCAUGCAUCCAAGGUACAUGUGUAUUUGGACUUCUUGAUGGAAUCUCUCAAGUCAAGCUUUUAGCAUUAUCUGGUGAUGCUAUGCAGUCUCUGCACAAUAUUGUUCCCAUCCUCCCCACCUUUCAUAAUCUCACCCAUUUGAAGCUUGGAAUUGAUGACAAUGUUGGUUGGGAACUACUACCAAAUAUACUUCAGACUUCACCCAAUCUCAAAGUUUUAACUUUAAGCAGGGACUUGUAAAACCUUUCAACAAAGGAACCUUUCAAUUCAGCUGGAAUCCGCCUAGAUGUGUGCCAUAUUGUCUGCUCUUGCAUCUUAAGACAACUGAAAUUCACAAUUUUCUUGGAACACCAGAUGAGGUAAAACUUGUAAAAUAUUUGCUGAGGCAUGCAAAAGUUUUGGUACUGGUGACAAUAUAUUGGUACGAUUUAAUGAUGGACUCAGAAAGCCAAACGACAAUGGUAAAGACGAAAGUUGAUAUAUCAAAGUCUCCAAGAGGUUCAAAUAUCUGUCAACUCAUAUUUCAUGAUUUGUUGUAUUGACUAUGUGCUCCAUCCUUCUGGAAGAUCAGCAUCUUUUGAAUCACCGUCUGCCUUAUUAAUGUAAAAAUUUAUACUUUGAUAUUUAGUACAGUAAUAACAACAAUGUAGUCCUACUCGAAACCAAAUAUUACCUUGCUUUACUUUAGAAGAUUUGGUACUGCUCAUUUCAGAGAGCAUUUUGAUA